UAAAAGAAUGUCUUUGGUUUUGUAUGACAUCUCUGACACCGCAAGGAGGAGGUGAAGCGCCAAAAAAUCUAUCCGGACGAUUGGUUGCUGCAACAUGGUGGUUGUUUGGAUUUAUCAUUAUUGCAUCGUACACUGCCAACUUGGCUGCUUUCUUGACCGUAUCACGAUUGGACACACCAGUAGAAUCGUUGGAUGACCUUUCAAAGCAGUACAAAAUAUUGUAUGCACCACUGAACGGGUCUUCAGCGAUGACCUAUUUUCAACGUAUGGCAGAUAUAGAGGCACGAUUCUAUGAAAUUUGGAAAGAGAUGUCUCUUAACGAUUCGUUGACCCCUGUUGAACGCUCAAAAUUGGCAGUUUGGGAUUAUCCAGUCAGCGACAAAUACACAAAAAUGUGGCAAGCAAUGCAGGAGGCGGGUCUACCAAAUACUCUGGAUGAAGCAGUCGAACGUAUACGAAACUCAACUUCAGCAUCAGGAUUUGCUUUUCUCGGCGAUGCUACUGAUAUAAGGUAUAAAGUACUCACUAACUGUGACCUGCAAAUGGUUGGAGAAGAAUUUUCACGGAAACCAUAUGCCAUUGCUGUUCAGCAAGGAUCACCGUUGAAGGAUCAAUUCAACAAUGCUAUCCUCAUGCUCCUUAACAAACGUCAGCUAGAAAAAUUGAAGGAACAGUGGUGGAAGAACGAUGAUAUUCAAAGCAAGUGUGAAAAACCGGAUGAUCAAUCAGAUGGUAUUUCGAUUCAGAAUAUAGGUGGUGUUUUCAUUGUUAUUUUUGUCGGUAUAGGUAUGGCGUGCAUUACGUUAGUGUUUGAGUUUUGGUAUUAUAAGUAUCGUAAAAAUGUAAAAAUCAUUGAUGUCGCAGAAGCUACAGAAGAUAAAAUGGCCCAAAAGACGUCCAAUUUAAGGUUGCCAAAUUUGAAAAAUGAAUUCGGUAAUAUGGGCCAAAUUAAGGAUGACAAUCAAAAAACGCAAAUUCUGAGAACACGUACCCAAACAUUAGACGCCUCGAAUUUCAAGUCUCGCUUUUAAGCAUCAAUGUAACUCAACUUUGGAUACUCGCAUAAACGCGAACCAUAAAUUGACCUUACCGAUAAUGGUCUAAGAGGAAGAGGAGACAAUACGGGGGAAAACGAACCACUUUUCUGUCAAACGCGAACCAGCUCGUGAUUGGCCGAUUUCAAGUGCGUAAGAUAGAGAUAGAGAUGAAAGAGUAAGAAGCCAGUUGUCUCCUCUUCGUGUUGGAUAAUGGUUAAAUAUAGCUUAUAAUCCCUCCUAAACAUUAACUGAAAUAUUUAUGGAACUUUACAUGAACGUUUGUGUGAUAAAGUUUUAACUUUAUGUAUUAUGUUUUUUUGAAAGUGGACCUUACAAAUAAUGGGUUGUUAAGAACCAUUACCAUUCUAAAGUCUUGUUUUCUCCAUACAUACCCGGAAAGAUAACUAUGUUAUAACCUUUAAACUUAUGUUUUGAGAACUUUAAUG